AACGGUAUAAUAUAUACCUCGUAAACAUUAACAAUGAAUUUUAUAUGUGGUUACAUUACUUUCAAAAUUGCAGCAGUUUCAUUGGUCCUUUAAAAGGUGCAUACGGACCAACAGGUACGUUGUGGGAUUGAGAAACCGGAUGCCGCCCCCGCCUAGAAUGUGAGGUUGUUGUAGGCUUGUAGCUAUCCCGCUACCAUAUCGGGCGCCGACAGGCUCUUUAUUCCUGUUUUAAUAGACGAGGCUGCGUAGCUACCUUGUUGCUCAAAAUUGAGUAAAUAUAUUAAAACCUCCCUUUCCCCUAUCUCAUUCCUCGUUGGGAAUCACUCCACCUCAAAUCUCUUUCUUCUAUCCAUAAAGUCCUCAUCAUUCAUAUCCUGACUACCACAUUCGACUCUAACAAUGGCGUUCCAACCGAAACAAAUUACCCACUAUCAGGCCGAGCAUCUGGCUGAGCUUCAGGGAGGUGUCAGCGAGACUUCCAUCAAGUAUUGUCUGGAUCUAAUCCCUGCCAUCUCCGAGGGCGCCGUGAUCCACGACAAUGCCUGCGGCUCCGGUGCUGUUACAGAGACCAUCAUGAGCAUGAACCCUUCCAACAUUCACAUCGACGCCACCGAUAUUAAUCCCGAAUUCGUGAAGGGCUGCGCGGCAGUAGCGGACAAGAACGGGUGGCCCGUUACCGCUGCCGUCAUGUCAGCUCAACAACUUACGUUUCCUGACGAUCACUUCACCCACUCCAUAACUAGCUUCGCCUUCCACUGCAUCGGCGACCAGAACGCAGCUGCAAAACAUAUCUACCGCACACUUAAGCCGGGUGGUACUGCUGUUGCUACUGUCUGGAUAUUCAUGCCUCAUGUCGAGGCCCUGCAACACGCACACUGGCGCACGCGAGGCAAGGAUGCCCCUAUGCCUGUUCUUCUUCCCCUAGAGCAUUACGAUGAAGGCGAUUUGCGAACGGCGCUCCAGGCUGGUGGAUUCAAGAACGAGAAUAUUACCUGCUCGAAUAAGGAAUGCUACUUGACGGUACCCGAUCUCAAGAGAUGGGCGCAGCUGGCGUGGAGCUACUUAGGUAACGUACCAGGUGGAUGGACCCAGAACGACGAGGAUAAGUGGGAUGAGGCCCUCGAGGAUAUCGUGGAGCAGCUGACGAGUGGUGACGGGAUCUCGAAGAAUGAGAAGGGCGAGACUUUACUUAAGAUGGUCGCUUGUGUUGCUGUCGCUAAGAAGUAGACAACUUCACGUAGUGUGCCAUGUCGUGUCUGCACUACGUACUACUUGUCUGAUUCGGAGAUAGCACAGAAUAGGAUUUGUUCAAACUAUUUUAGUAUACCUCUAUAGUAUACCUAAUAUAUACGAGUCUGUUCGGAUAUUUUGU